CAGCUGACUGAGCUGCAGGUCAGAGACCGAGCAGCUUUGUGAGUUUUCAUAUCAGCAAGCGAGGAAAAGUUUUGACAAGCGGACCUGCGGGCGGCUUGUCGGUAGCAGCAGAAGCAGAAGCAGAAGAAGCAGAUCAGGGUUCAGCCUGAGUGGAGUUUCUGUCUGCGGGUGAGAGGCUGUACGAUCCUCGGCAGUGUUCUGAGACUGUACGGCCCCGAUACCCCCCUCGCCUCCUCCUCCUCCUCCUCCUCCUCCAGCCCGGACUAAACAGUGAAGGUCCCCAGCUUUGAUGAGCUCUCGGUGGCUCCGCUUCUAACCUGCGCACAUCUGCGUAAAACCUGCGCUUUCUGUUUUUCCACUCUAAAGUUGGACUUAACUUAGUCUGCCGGGGGAGUUUACAGCAUUACAUAAGUGAAAACAUGACGGCCGAUAAGGAGAAGAAGAGGAGCAGCUCAGAGCGGCGUAAGGAGAAGUCUCGGGAUGCAGCGCGUUGCAGACGCAGCAAAGAGACGGAGGUUUUCUACGAGCUGGCUCACCAGCUUCCUUUACCCCACAGCAUCAGUUCCCACCUUGACAAGGCCUCCAUCAUGAGGCUGGCUAUCAGCUUCCUGCGCACACACAAGCUGCUCGCCUCAAGCAGCAGCAGUGACGACGAUGGGGAUGGACAGAUGGACAGUCUGUACCUGAAGUCUCUGGAGGGCUUCAUCACCGUGGUAACAUCAGACGGCGACAUGAUCUUUCUGUCCGAGAACAUCAACAAAUUCAUGGGUCUCACACAGGUGGAGCUCACUGGUCACAGCAUCUUCGACUUCACUCAUCCGUGUGACCAUGAGGAGAUCAGAGAAAACCUGAGCCUGAAGACAGCUGGAAGCGGGUUCAGCAAAAAAGGCAAAGAGCUGAGCACAGAGCGAGAUUUCUUCAUGCGGAUGAAGUGCACAGUGACCAACAGAGGACGCACCGUCAACCUCAAGUCGGCCAGCUGGAAGGUGCUGCACUGCACCGGACACCUGAAGAUGUACAGCAGCUGCCCUCCAAGAGUGCCUCGAGAGCCUCCGCUUACCUGCGCUGUCCUGAUGUGUGAACCAAUCCCACACCCAUCCAACAUCGACACGCCACUGGACAGCAGGACCUUCCUGAGCAGACACAGCAUGGACAUGAAGUUCACCUACUGCGACGACAGGGUAACAGAGUUGAUGGGUUACACUCCUGAGGAUCUGUUGGGGCGUUCCGUCUACGACUUUUACUAUGCCCUGGAUUCGGACAGCGUCACCAAGAGCCACCACAACUUGUGUACCAAGGGUCAAGCAGUGAGCGGUCAGUACCGCAUGCUGGCUAAGAACGGGGGCUACGUCUGGGUGGAAACUCAGGGCACUGUUAUUUAUAACAGCCGCAACUCUCAGCCACAGUGCAUCGUGUGUGUCAACUACGUCCUCAGUGACAUCGAGGAGAAGUCCAUGAUUUUCUCCUUGGAGCAGACGGAGUCACUGUUCAAGCCGCAGCACAUGAACAGCUUCUUCACCGCCGGAGGAGUGGGCAUGACUGGAGAGCCGGGAGAAGCCCUCUUCACCAAACUCAAAGAGGAGCCAGAGGACCUCGCUCAGCUGGCUCCAACGCCCGGAGACACAAUCAUCUCCCUCGACUUCGGUCGCACUCAGUUCAACGAGUCCCAGCAGCCGGCAGCAUACGCCCAUGUGUCUGCUUCAGCCAUGCCUCCUCCGGGACCUCCAUCCUGGGCCAGCGAGAGCCACAAGCCUGCUCCUCCUACCACAGGUCAAACCCCAGCUGCAGUUCCAGGAGACAUGGCUAACAUGGCCACUACAUUCACCAUGCAGCAGAAUCCACCACCGGGGAGCGCUACUCCGAGCCUCAGCAGCUGCUCCACGCCUAGCAGCCCGGGUGAUUACUACAGCUCAGUAGAGAGUGACCUGAAGGUGGAGCUCACGGAGAAGCUGUUUGCUCUGGACACAGAUGGAAAGAACAGCUCUGAGAACAAUGAGAGCGACUUGAGCGACUUGGACUUGGAGACUUUGGCUCCUUACAUCCCAAUGGAUGGUGAGGACUUCCAACUGAAUCCCAUCAUUCCAGAGUCUGAGCCCCUGGAGGCGUCACCAGCGGGAUCCAUGGGGAGCAAUGGCAGCCUGCACCAAACACACCAGGCCACCCAUCAGAGCUUCAGCAACAUCGCCAGCCUCUUCCAGCCCCUGUCAUCUCGUUCUCAGCCCCAAGGCCACUACCAGCCUCAGCCAUCUGCGUCCUGGGCUGCAGGGGAGAAGCGAGGCUCCAACAGUUUAGUGGACCUCCGUGCACAGGCGUACAUGAUGGGGCACAUGCAGAAUACACAGUGCCAGUCUUCAGCCAGCACCCCUCUGUCCUCCAUGGGUGGCAGACAAAAUCUCCAGUGGCCUCCAGACCCACUGUUAACUUACCAACAACAGCAACAGUCACGGUCCACCAAGACCUACCUGAUGGACCCUUUGACAGGAGAGGAGCGCCCAUCCUGCCAGCAGAAUAUGUCACAUCUCAUGCAGAAACAGAGAUCUGUUGACAACUUUGUACAAGCUUACAGAGACAUGAGUCCAGCCAGACUGGCCAUGGCCAACCGUAUCAAGCGCUCCUUCAACCAGAUGACUGUGGGGGAAAUUAAGCCUUCAGAAAGCCUGUGGAAGAAGAUGAGGGGGGACGGUGGUAUGGAUCGCUCCCUCAGUGCAGGAUCACUGGCAGAGUCCGGGAUGGGGAGGUUGAUGCCGGGCAACAUGUCGCUCAGCUCUCUGCAACAACACAGGAAGUCGCUGUAUACAGGAAAUGGGAUAAGUGGUGCAAAUGAAAAACCCUUUCCCCAAAAGAGCUGCAGCUACACAGAGUAUAACAUGCUGCCAUCUGACAAGACGGAGGGCAUAGCUAGUCGCUUGCUGGGCCCUUCUUUCGAGCCCUCCUGUUUGCCGGAAUUGACCCGUUAUGACUGUGAGGUCAACGUCCCGCUGCAGGGCAAUCUCCACCUCCUCCAGGGCUGUGACCUGCUGAGAGCCCUGGACCAGGCCUCCUAGAGCCCCAGAUUCAAACCCAGACAUAAACCUGGACUUACUCCCAGCCCUGAGCCUCAACCUGCAGCCCGAGACUUAAAGCCUUUCUUUACCUUUGUACCUCCAGGCCUCCUGGGAGCCCUGAAGCUAAGCUACCUAUAAGGAAUGGUAUUCAUGACCACAUCCUGCCUUAUUUAGCCCCACACUCUGUUCCCCAUCCCUUUAAUAGUACUCUAUCUAUACCAUUGAAGCAAGCGGAGAAAUCAGGGUCAAGCCACUUAUCCCCCCUCCUCCCCCCAACAAGCUCUCGACUCAAAUCAGAUGCAAGUUAACCUCCAGCUGAUCUGUAUUGAGCCAACCACAGAGAUGACCCACAUAUUUAAGUAUAUCACGGGUCCCUAGGUUAAAAAGAUCAAUGCUGGACGUUUAACAAAUUACAUGAUGUGAUGCUCUGACUUGUGUCCUGCAUUAAAGAGUCUUGACACUGGGAUUUCACUUGUUACGCCGGGUUAUCUAUAAGAGCUUCUCAUGGGUAGACAGAACUGCAUUCGGAGACACAGACUUAACUUGGGUGUUGUUUUAAAACUGGUGGAGGGAUUAAAACAUACAACCUGCCUUAAAGGUCAGCUCUACCCAAACAUCUCCCAUACAAACUAUCUACCAGCUGAUUCCAGCUAAGCCUUAGCAAGGUAGGAAUCUAAGUCCAGUACAUACAGAACAGGUCUCCAUCACAGACCUAAACCCUGAUAAGGACUCUAUGCAGCUCAAAUCCCAGCCCUACCUUCUCUCUCUGCAUCAGCAGAAUCAUUCAGCUCAGACGAGAAGAUAACUACCUACACAUUAGCAGAGACACUGUGUUCUUUGGCUUUGUAUGUUUGACCAGCAACUAGUAAACGUAGCCCUCUUUUGUAGUUCCAGUCAAAGCCUCAAGCCAGAGCUGGGUAUCACAAACUGGUUCUGAAUAGUAGCCAUUUUUGUUAAAAUGAAUAGGAACCAAGGAUUCUGAGCAAAACUCUUCUUGGCAUUCCCAAAGAUGACUUUUUAAUCACUGUGGUGCAAUAUGCAGGACUGGCGCACUUUAAAUUGUGGCAAUAUGAUGUAUUAUUAGUACUAAUUUCUGAGAAUUUCUGCGUUUCUUUUUAUGCUAAACACAGCUGGCAAUUAUUGCUUAAAGCAGACUACAAUUUGAGCAGCUCCUCUUAAAUUGUUAUUUGAAUAACUGUUGAAGGCCGGAAAGAGAUAAAAAUAUUAAUUCAUACAUAAGGAAAUUAUAAUUUUUUUCCCUUGUCCUUUAAAUUCAUUAUGAUAACGUAUGACCAUAAUAAAGACAUUUACCUUCAGCAUGGCAAUAUAGAAUAUUUCUAGUUUUUCCUUGUAUAAUAAAACACAUCAUUGUAUAUAGCCUUCUUAAGAUUAAAACAUGUUUCUGUUAUUGUCGUAUUUAGGUUUGUUUCACUGUAAUAAGAAAGGGUUAAGAAUAAGAGUAUGACGAGAAUCAGAAUCAGUGAAGUGAUACCCAGCCCAGCUCAAGCCUUAUCAACAUACUGUAUAAAACGUUCGUCAGCCUGCCUCCUCUUGCCUGAAUCUAUCCCAGCUGAGUCAUGGUGUAACAUUCUCUGCUCUGUUUCAGACAUGUUCAGGAGUCUGACAUAAACUGGUUCACAACAGCAUUAGAUCAGUUUGGGUCAAUUUUAGUGAUAUGUGCAUUAUAUUGUUAUUUACUUAUUCUAAUUAAUCUAUACUUCUGUUACUGAAUGGAGACAUUUUAGCUUUUGUCAAACCCUUCACAUUAUUUAAUCCAAACCAACCGGACACUAUACCAUAUCUUUCUUUCUCUUUUAUUUUUUUUUGUGUCAUAUCCCUCAGACACAGUACUAAAAUUAUAUUGAAUGCAUAUACUCUACUGUAAGUUGAAUAUUGUUAAGCUUUUUCUCUCUGUCCUUGAUUUGUUUAACCAUGUUUUCCUCACUCUCCCAUCUCUGUCAGGUAAAUAGCUUGUGUGACUACAGGGUUUUUUUUUUUUAUUGUGAAAUUAUUUCUUUCAGCUCAAGCUUAGUUAGUAAUCAAGCUAGCCUUUAAUCACCAAAUUCAUAGCAUGCACAUGUAAGUAAUGUGGCUUGCACAUGGUGCAAUGGCUGAUUUAUAUUUUUAGAGCCCUCGCCGCAGCCUGAGAAGCUUGUUUUGGAGACAGCGUAACGUUGAGUAGCAGUUUCUUUCACUGAAAUUCCUGCAAGGCAGCAAUGAGGGAAUACAUCAGGGGGAUGUUGUGCAACCACUGACCUGACUGAGGCGGGUGAUUCGUUGCAGUUUGCGUCGCCGCGACGUGUAGCUCCAUUUUGUUUCAGGCACAUGAUGGGCUACGACGGAGAUUCUGCGUAAAAAUAUAAACCAGCCUUAAGACUUUAUAUUAUUAUACAUAUAUAUGCCUACACACUCUUCACGCGACACAGAAAAACGUGAAAAACCAGUGGUGUACACAGACUUCUACCAGUUAGGGGAGUGGAUGAAUAUGGGAAACUAAGCAUGUAUGCAGAAUUAAUUUUGCCCAUAAAGGCUAUGUAAGUAUAAAUCAAGCAAUGUUUGUUUCGCUGACUUUUACAGACCUUACAGUCCUACCGUUUGGUGUAUGGUGUAAAUUAAAUAUUUUCUGUAGCUGUUUUGUCCAUAAAAUAUUGGACAAUAGUGAAAAGUGCUUGUGAUUUGGUUAAGACACCAUCUGCUUUCCAAUGGCGGGGAGGGGGAAAUGGUUUGCAGAACAGAUUAAUAUAAAGCAUUGGAGAGUAUUCAAUUGUAUGUUUCUUUAUGUCAACUGGAGGGUUUUUGAGCAAAUAGACUAAUCAGAAGUGCCACAGGCGGGUUCAGAAGGCCAGUUUUGCUGAUCGUGGUGCACCACUUGAAUUGUCUUUACGGGCAGGUAAGAGGUAUUUCAUGUCCAGGAAAGCCCAAAAUAAAGAAAGAAAAAGCAGCUUUAUUAACCCAAGUUGCCUCUUUGAUGUGAUAUCGGGGCAAAGACUCGAGAAAGAUGAUGGAGGCCACUCCCUCCCCGUAAGUCUGUGCACACCACUGCAUAUACAGUGUAAGUUUACUAGAGAGCAGCAAGCGCAUAAUCUUUCAGACUAUCCAUGUUGUACAUAGCAGCAGCAGCAGCAGCAGCCGUGGUUUCAGUGCAGUACAGCAGCCUGUGAACUGACUUGAAAGUUGACUUUAUGUAUUAAUCCUUACGAUUAGGACAAGGCCAGUUUUUUCUCAUAAUUCACAAAACAAAGUGGCUGCCAAUACCAGACGGCUUUGAUACAGAAUAUUGUUAGUUCGCCUAAUACACUAUGGACUGAGUGUAGAUAUUUAAACUAGAAACUGUCACUUUCGCCCAAAUGAUGUCAGUAAAAUCGCACUCAGUGAAACACCCCCUCGGCAUUUUUCUCCCUUCUGUCCUCUGAAAGUAUUUUUCUUACUCUAUUUUUGAGGUAAUUGUCUUUGUGUGGUGACCACUUUUGAGUAUGAAUUAUAGAGGUUUGUACACAUAUACGUUACGUAUUUAAACAGAACUAAUGUUAGUUGACAGUGUUUUGAGUGUUUAUGUGUCCUGGUACUUUGUCCUAUCUACCCCCCACCUACCCCCUGUCCCUGUAGAUGCAAUUAGAUCAGACCCCUAGCUGUGCCGUUUCCUCUUGUGCCGUUUCUGUGUUGUGGUGGCAUUUUUGUUUCUCUCCAGAGUUUUAUCCUAAACUAUCUGUUGAAUCUGUUGGCUGGCCAGUACUGUUGUUGUUCUUGCUUUCAAAAAAUAACAGGAAAAAAACUUUUAGAUUAAUUUCUAAGUUUCACUUUUCAGAUAUGUAGCAUUUUGAAUAUUGUAAAGAAGGUGAAGCUGCCACAUAAUUAAUCACGUAGUUUUCCAGCUGCAUAUAUAAAAGCAAUGGUGCUUCAUAGACCAUGUAUGUGUCAUUUUUAGACCUUUUAUCUCUCGGAUCCACUAACACUGUAUUUUGAUGUCCUCUGCAUUAUGUUGUGCUGAUGUUUUCUUUAAAGUUCACCUUAAUCCAUAUAAUGUGCCUUAUUGUGACUUUUCAACAUAUUUAGUUCACCCUUCAAGUGCACAGUUUGUUCCUUCCAACCUGUAGAUGACAUCCUUCAACUCUUGGGGUUAUUAUCGAACAAAAACUUGACCUGACAUGUUAAAUGUAAAUGUGAUGAUAGACCAAAUUGAUAUUUUUGGUCUGCAGCUUUCAUUUAAUUUGCAUGUUCAAUUCUAUUGUAAUAGUGUCAUUAUUAUAGUUCAACUAUUGUAUUGAACAAUUGAAAAAUAAUCAAAAGCGGACACAAAGAAUUGAAUGAUUUUGAUAAUAACCCCUCGAGUUGUUUGUAGUUAUUUCUCUCAUAUAUUCAUUUAGAAUGAAUAUCUCAUUGGACCAUGCUGUAGAACCGUAUUAGCAAGCAUUGAAGAUAUUCUGGUGAUGAUGAGUACAUUUUUUUUUUGUCAGGUUUUAAAGGAAACAGAUUCCCCAGCUCAUCAUAUGACCUGACAGUCUAUUUGACGAUGAAGCUGUUGGUGGGCUUUUAGAAUUAGUUGGAAAUGAUUUGCAGUAAAAGUUGAGCUCUUUUACUUUGACAGUGUAAAAAACAGUUUGCCUCCAAUGAGCAAUCAAAACCAACUGCUCACUUAUGAGUUCAGUGAUCUAUGAUUUGAUCACUGGCAUAAAUAACUAUUACAAGAUAUUAGGUCAAAGUAUAUAUUUAAAUUAUACAACCAAAUCAUGGAGAUCUUUUUUUAGUAAGGAGAGAGUUGUGAUAACUUUGAAUUUCAAUCUGUGGUUCAUUAACUGUUAGUUAGAGAAUGCAGGAAAAAUAAUUGUCACUCAGUGUUUACUAUAAACUUUGUACUGUAAAACCUCAUAAGCUAUAUUAACUUUUCUCCUACCUAGUGAGAUUAGAUUUGUCCACUUCAAAAAGAUUUGUCCUUUUUAAAACAUAUGCGCAAGUUUAGUGUAAUAAAUCAAAUAGACUGUUUACUGCUUCCUCAUCAAAUUAAGUUAAAUAACACAAACACAUGCUUAGAUAUUCCUAGAUGGUCCUACACAUGUGCUCUUCGAAGCCAAAGAUCCUUAAGGACUAGACAUUUAAUGUAAAAAAAAAAAAAAAAAAAAAAAAAAAAAACAUGACAGAACCUCAGAUUGAUUUUUUAGCAACUCAUGAAAUAAGAAAUAAAUUGUGUUAAUGUAUGUGGAAAGGGUUGGCUAGAAGGAAGUCGAUUUAAAAAUAAAAAUCUAGAGAAGGAAGUCCUGCCUCCAUUGUUAGCAAGCGUCUGCUUCACAGCUUUGUUUGAUCUUUCCUAAAUGGAAGAAAAGGUUAUAAUGUCUCUGAUAACACACUUAUCACAGAUUUUAGAAUAUGGGUUGAAAAAACACAGAGUUGAAAAGCUGACAGGUGUCAGAAGUGAAUGCUGGUGAAACAGAUGCUAAUCCAAAAGUGGGCGGGACUUCUGUUCUCUAUUGUAAUUUUAGGAGGCUUUUCACCAGUGCUAGUGCUCAACAUACUGUGCUGCUUGAAGGGUUUCCCCAAACCAUAAGUGACAAAUCAUUUAGAAUUCGAUCCACUCACUCAUUGCGCUUCCUCUUCAAUAUCAGCAUUUUGUCUUCUGUAAUAACAGGGUUUUUGUUUUUCCUUAUGGGAUCCAUGUUCAGCUACUUGUAUUCUGUUGUUUUUGUUUUGUUUUUCAGCGUUAUACAGUUAUUUUAGCUAAUUCUUUUUUUAAUAUGCUAAAAAUUCAUAUUGACAUUAUUAUUAUAAUAUAUUGUUAUCAUUGUCAUUACUAUAUGGGGAAUUUAACCCAAUUAAAAAGUUUGUGUUUCUGCACUGAUAUCUUAUUAAAGCAUACUGAUCUUACCCUU